UCAAGUCAAAAGGUAGUAAACAUAUGCGUUUGUUUUGUAACAUCGUCCUCGGAUCGUACUGCCAUCACCGCAAUUUUUGGAAGAAUCUGGUGAAAAAUAGCCGUUUUUGCUAAACCUAGCCCGCUGUUGUAGUGUAAUGUACGUAGUUUAAACGGUCUGUUAUAUUUUAUCAAUAAUCUAAAAUGUCAGAAACUAAAGAAAUGCAAACUGAAGAACGAGAAGCGCUAGCUUCCAUCUACGAGGGUGACGGCUUUUUCAAGCAAGUGAAUGCGGAAACCUUUCAAUAUAAGUACGGCGAAGAAGAUGGAAAUAAAUCAUUCCUGCUGGAAAUCUGCUGGCAAGAGAACUAUCCCAACGAACUUCCAACUAUUAACAUGGAUACAUUUUACAAUAGAAAUCUCUCGCGUCCCCUAAAAGAUAAAAUAACAUCAAUACUGAAGGAGGAAGGUGAACAGUGGCUGGGAUGCGGAAUGACCUACACGCUAUUCGAGUGCCUUAAGGACAAAGUAGAGGAAUUGCUAUCGGACGAGAGUUUAAGCGGUGGAACCGACCAGCAGGUGAUAGGAACUAACCAUCAGGACGAUGUCCACCGGAGUUCCGACGACGACGAAGAUGGAGACGAGCGGGGGACAAAGGGCAGUGCGGCAGGAGGAGCAGGCGGCGGGGCUGGACAGAAGAAGGAACAUCUGACCAAGGCACAAAAACGCAAACAGUGGGAUCGUGUGGACAACAAAGGAAACCGGCCCAGAGGCUGGGAUUGGGUAGACAUUAUCAAGCACCUGUCGCAGACGGGUGGCAAACCGGAAUAGCGUGAUAUGGUGGGUCGACCGGGCGUGGGACUCGCAGGAAGCUCAAGGGAAAGCUUCGCUUUGGAAGAAAAGUAAAAUAAAUGCAUGUUGCUAUUGAAAAAAUAUACUAGGGGUAUAUACUAACGCA